AUAUACCUACCUCACAAACUCGUUUGAUUCCUGCGUAGAAAGAGAAACUAUGAAGACCACCGCCAAGUUCAUAGUUCUCCACCCCUCGGUGUACAAGACCGCCGGCGGAACCGCACACCGCGGUUGGAUCGCCGUCUUCUUACUCUUAUUUUUCUUCACUUUCUCUUUCACUCUGAUCACGACGAGGAACGCCGCCGCUAGAACCACCGCUUCCGCCGCGCCCGGAGGAGCCAACUCCCAGCUGCUGCCCAAACCCGUCGCCGACGCCCUACUUCACUACGCCACCGCGAACGCCACGGCGUCGGGCCGAAUGUCCACCGCCGAGACGGAAAAAAUGGCCUCUGUCCUCCGCCGCUGCGCAGCCGGCGGCGCGUGCAACCUCCUCGUCUUCGGACUCACACACGAAACCCUCCUCUGGAGCUCGCUCAACCACAACGGCCGCACGGUGUUCGUCGACGAGAGCGCGCACUCAGUCUCGGAAAUCGAGAGAAAGCACCCGUCGAUCGAAGCGUACGACGUGCAAUUCACGACGAGAUCCGGCGAAUUGCAGCAUCUGAUCGGCCAUUACCGGCGGGAGAAGAGCAACCAGUGCCGGCCGGUGCAAAACCUACUCUUCUCAGACUGCAAGCUGUCGAUUAACGACUUGCCCAACCACAUCUACGACGUGCCGUGGGACGUGGUGCUGGUGGACGGGCCGAGCGGGUACUCCGCGGCGUCGCCGGGGAGAAUGGCGGCGAUAUUCACCGCCGGAGUUCUGGCGAGGAGCAAAAGCGGCGGCGGCGGCGGAGCAACGCACGUGUUUGUACAUGAAAUUGAGAGGGAGGCGGAGAGGGUUUGCAGCGAGGAGUUUUUGUGCAGAGAGAAUUUGGUGGAGACGAUUCAUUCUUUGGCGCAUUUUGUUGUGCCCAAAAUUGAUGUUCAUAGUAAUAAAAUUGAUUUUUGUUUAAAAUCAAUUUAAUUUAUGUUCUUUUUUGUUUUUUAAACAAUGUGUAAUAUUUAUGGGAUCUCAUCUCAUGAAACAAGUGUAAAUUAUUUGUAGUAAUUGUGAGAUUUUAUUUCAAGAUCAUGCCUUGAGUUUUACAGUAC